AGAGAGAGAGAGACAAACAGGGAGGCUAAAGAAAGAAGAAGAAACUGCCAGAUGAGGACGGCUCUGCUCCUCACACCUUCAUCUCUCUCUCUCUCGUUUUCUCUCAGUGGCUGGCCUGCCUCGCUCGCCCCUCUCUGUGCCGCUGCUGCUGUAAUUCACUCGUCUGUGUUGUUUUCUGAUUUCGAAGAGAGAGGGGUUUAAUGCGAUGGACCUGCAGCCAGCAACUACUGCUGCUGCUGUUUACACCUGAGCAUCAUGGGAGCUGUAGUUUCCUCGGCAGUGCAGGAUGACAGCUGAUUAACUGGGUUAUCAGAGUUUGGAGAUGUGAGCUGGUGGACAGAUGAGCCUCAACAAACUCUAUUCUCUCACUCUCUUUUUCUCCUUCUUUUAAAUCCUUGUUUUCCUUCCUCUCCUCUGCAGUUUUCUUUCGUUUAAUCUCUCCACCCUGCUUUCUCACCUAUUUUCCUUCUUCCCACCUUCACUCUUCUCCAUCUUUCUCUCCUGACUUGUCAAAGGAAAAGGCAGAAUGGGUUGUCGUCUCACUCGAACCAAGGCUAAGACUCAUGAACCUUCCCAUCACCGACACAGGGAGGAGCUGCACUUUGUGGAUGAGUAUGGCCAACCAAUCACUAUGCAGGUGGAGGGGAAAAGGGGGCGGGGUCACAGGAGGCGACGGUCCCACUGUGCGAUCGAGUGCAGCGUCCCGACAGAAAGACACUGGGAGGCCCUGAGAGCCAUGGGACUGAUGGAGGGCGAGGAAGGUCAGGGAGACGGCUACGGAGCAGGGCCUUACUAUGGUCACAUGACUGUGUCGCCUGACCUAUACCCUGCCAAUAGCCACAUGAUGAUGUCCCCUGAUGUCUAUCCACCCAAUGGCUACCUGCCCAGACCAUCAGAUGAGCAGCACCCAGGUAACAACUACCUGCCCAGCGUCUCCUACAGCCUAGACCACCUGGACAGGCUGGACUACCAGGGUCCAGAAAUGUUGCCAUACCAGCCAAACUCAGAGAGCUGUCUUAUUGGCUGCUACAGCGCAGAAGAGGUGACGCCUAAGAAUUUCCCAAGACAGUCUGACUAUCGUCCUUCCUGGAGGUCUGAUCGUCAUCUUGGCUAUCUUCCCCUCAGCGAGCUCGACAGUGGUUUAGGCUGUGGUCCUGACAGCCCACACCACAGGGUGGCGUUCUCCGAAGCCGAGACAGAUGCCAUGUCAUCACUCCCAGGCCACACCGCUUCUUCCCAAGGCUCCUCCUCUUCCUCUGAGUCCCUGAUCUCCUCUGAACCCAGUGACUCGGGUUUCCACAGUGUCAGCACUGGGGAACACCGGAGGUUGCACAAGAUUCAUGGCAACCACGCUCACCGACAGGCUCACCACCUCCGCUCAGGCCACUCCCCUCGAGAGCAGAGAGGGCGCUGGGAUUUGGAGUCCAUCCCUGAGACUACUCCAAUGACCCACCCAGGAAGGCCGCAGGCAUCCCGCUGCACUGUGGGCAACAGCACGACCACAACGGUUCACUUCCACAGAGCUGAGAGGAGUCCAACUUUACCUCGUCACUGUUCACCUCCCUCACCUUCCAUCGGUUGUCGCACUGAGCCUUGCCAGCGGAGGGCGCUGUGGUUGGAACAGCAGCAGCAGGGAGGAAGUGGGACAACAGAGGCUCCAGGAAGGAGUCGGACCAUAACAGAUCUGAGUGAAGGACAGCGGCGUCGCAGGGCCAGUCACCCCAACAUGACGGAUCCAAACACUCUGAGAAACCCUCUCCAGAACAGCCAAACAGGUAACAGCAGUAACACACUGGGGCCAAGGAGCAGGGCCAGCUACCCCAGUAACUGUCACCCCACUGCUCAACUCAGCAUAGACAGAACCAGUCUGACCAAUCAUCAAAACACACUGAGAAGCAACCAGAGAUCAAGCCGAAGCCGGGAGGAGGACUCCCUCUCUAAGAGUCCUGGAUCUGGCUCCAGUGGAGCAUCAGACUGGCGUGGCUUUCAGACUCUUGGGAAUCACACCAGCAAAUCUAAAGGUUCCUGUGGUCCUCUCUACAGUACGCUUGGAGCCCCGCAGCAUAGCUCUCGUUCACCACCAUCACCACGCUCCAGACUGUCGAAUCAGAAGUCGGUUAGGAAUCAGCUACUCAGAGCCCGAGCUUACCGACUGGCCAGGGAACGCAGUGAAGUCACAACAGAUGAGGAGGUGCGAAGAGAUGGGGGGAGAGAAGGAGAGGAGGAAGGGGAGGAUGGUCGAUGGGCUGGACGAUACUGGAGCCGGACGGAGAGGAGGCGUCACCUGGCGUUGUCACGGCAACACCGAGAGAGGCGAGGAGGAGGAGGGGAGGACCCAGUUGGGGGAAUUCAAGGGUCACUGUCAUCUCAGACAGUGCUGGAGUUGAGCCACAUGAAGCAGAACCGACUGAGGAACAGCAAGCUGCUUGAUGAUUGGACGACGGUGGAGGAGCUGCUGACUCACGGGACACGAGUGGAGAGUGACAGUCAGCUCUGUCCCAGCCCUCUGCUAUCAGUUACUACUGUCUGAUGGAAAUACAGGUGACUGAAACCUCCAAUCUAUAUGCCGCUUUGCACUGCAGGAACUUUUAGGGUGGCUUUAACCUUUACAUGUUCCAACCUCAUUGUUUUGGUGUUAACUUGUGGUCAAAGUUGCAAAAUCCUACAUCGCAAUGGCAACAGAAAGGCCUUGAAAGGUCAGUUACAGGGUUGUUUCCAUUACUGUAACCAUUUGCCCCAAGUUCCUGCAGGGGAAAGCUAACUUAUCACUCAGGUCCAGAUUCAUUAAAUGUUUGUGUGGUGAAAACAGUGGACUGCAAUACUAAAACGACCAACUAAGAAAGAUGAGACCAAUUAAGGCACCAAUUAUGACCAUGCAUCUCUCAGUCAUACAGUGGAAAUUGCAUUAUCAUGGAACCAAUCUGCAACACUUAGCAAGACAACUGCUGGUGAAUAUUGUAGUAGAUCAGAGAUCUCUUAAAGACAACAGAUGCUAUAGUUCCAGCUUUAAGUGGUUGCAUGGCUGAAGUUAUCUAAUCUCAUGACAGCAUUCUAGACUUCUGACAGCAAUGUACAUCAAACCUCCCAACUGCACUUUACAGAUGUCAUGAAACAAACAUAAUAUGAAAAGCAUUCAAGCAGGGGUCAUGUCAUGUGGGAAGGAAGGUGGUGAUUCAAAAGGAUGCCUUUGGACAAUUCAAGAUGGCCACUGUCAGUCCUCUUGAGCUGCUGCUUCUCAUUCACUACAGCAGAUUCCAGCUGUGUCAAUCAAUACACACCAACUAAACAAAUCAAAGACAGAAUGAUUGCUGCAUUCCUCCAAAGAGCCUUGUACUAACUAGAAGGCAAAUGGUUUCCUAAGAACACUAUUAACAGUGACAGUACAGGUGCAAUAUUUUAGUGUUUGUUUAAUCUAGCAUUAUAUCUAUUUCAGUGUUAAAUCACUUAUUGCAAAAGGUUGGCAGGCACUCACCAAAAAUUGUUUUUUGAUAGUUGGACAUGCUAUUUACAAAAAGGAAACUGAUAAUGGCAGCAGCCAACAAGAUGUACAUGCAGCAUGAGCUCCCAAGCUAAUUAUCUUAUUUUCUUGCAGGACUUCUGUUUUCUGACUAAUUUGCAAACCACGAUAGUUAUGUAACCUAAUUAAUUUAAUCAGGUAGUCUCAUUGUAGGUCAAUUAUGUUCAGGCUGGCUGGUUGAUUGGUUGGUCAACAUACUCUCAACCGACCAGAUCCUUAUUGGUCAGACAGUCGCUGGUGUUACUUUAGAAAUAAUGGAGACGAGUCUUCCAGGAUUCAUUCUUCUUUUCUAUUUUUUAGCAGCAGGAUAAUAUAGACUACCUAUGCUAUGGCUUCUGGGACUCUGAGUGAGGCGCAUUUUCAAGAACUUUGAUCUUGCUUCACACGGUGUUCAUCAUCGGAGUCUGACAGUAUUGGCAUAGCAUUAGCAUGGAUAUACACAUUUUCUGCUUGUUUUUUUCUGUUUACUAACACAGGCAAAGUGAAGCGUCAUGUCAGGGUUGGUAGGUCUGCGUGAUACAGUGGGGGUGCGAGGUUGUCAAGAUCCAAGUAUUCGGAUGUCAAAAUUAAUAUCUGGAUACCAUCACAACGACCAAAUAUUCAGAUAUUGGGGUCCAGCCCUAAUGCUAACACACCUGAAAAUAGAUGUCACUUAGUCAUUCUUGUAAACUGAGAAUACACAUAUCAUUGCAAACAAGAGGCAGAGGGUUGUUUGCUUAGUUGUAGAAAAUACAUCAGAGGAACAACAGUAGCGGGAGAUUUCCUUAAGUGAUUGGAUCAAUGACAAGAUUAAACUGUUCUCUUCAGGGAAACAGCCAUGGGAUAGAAGCGUGACAAAUUAGGAAGAGACAAAUAGUGACUGAUUAAACCCAAUCAGAAAGUGAAGAUGGGUCUCUGCAUCAAAGUUUCCAAAAGUCUAGAGUUCUGCCCGUCCAGACAAAAACAGACUUCUAGAUAUUUUCAACUAAAAUGGAGCAGCAGCAUUUCCGAAAGUCAUCCUUUCUGCUACAUUUAGCAGAUGUAACACAUUCGUUUGAAUGUAGCCUAAGAAAGUCAAACUUAGUCUCCAUACAAAGCGAAAAUAAAAAUGGAUGAAGACUCUCAGCGGGUUUAGCAAUACUAGCGAUCCUCCACGUUGCUCUGUAUGCAGUCCAAGAUGAAUAAAUUUCCAUCACACAGACCAACCAGGUAAUCAGAAAGAAAGAUCUGAGCUGAACAUGAACUGCAAAAAUACAAUAAAUUGGACUCGUACCCCAAUCUUAGUGAAUCUGGAUCUCAGCUGUGAAUUUUACUGUCUGAGAGGAAGGUCUAAUUUUCUUUUGUUGAAGAGUCAGAGCUCCUAAAAUGAAUCUGGGGCUCAGAAGGGAAGAAGCUAUCUGCAGGAAAGCGUAACAAUCUUACCAACCCUAGAGGAACGGAUUCAACCUGAGCCCAGUGUAAACCAACACUGCUGUCUCAAAAAAGCCUCUAAUCCAACGACAUCCUGCUUUCGAGGUGACUUCCUGUGGGUUUGUAUGAGUAAAAGGACUUAAAGUGCUGCAUGAGCUCCAGACUGUAACAGAUUCUAUAACUGGAUGGAGCGGUCACAUUCUUCACACACCAGACCGCCUGUGAGUGGCAUCAAAUAUCACACCAGUGGUUGUGUUGCCUUUGUGGAAAGUGUCUCCAUCUCCUUUUCUGGUCAACUGCCUUUGUCUCUGUGCCAUCAAAUGUCCAGUCUAUGACAUUAUAAAGCUCUGCUCGCUGUUGCUUAUUCGGGGUUUUCUGCACUUUUAUGAUCAAGCAGUCUCUAAAUCCAACACAUUCGCUGGUUUCUCCUCAGUGGUUUUCAGUUUUAAUCUCUGUACACUCACACAGACUUGGAGUGUAAACAAACCAGGCUCUAUGGAGAGGUCUGACACGUCUCCAUUCAGUACUGUCUGCAGCUGAGUUUCUGUAUUGCAAUAUUUUCAUUUGGUUCUAGGGCUGCAAGGAUUAAUCUACUGAUCGAUCACUCGAUUGAACAAAACUUUAUCUUUUACUAUUUAAAAAUGAACAAUCAUUUUAAGGAUUUUUAAAGUAUAAACAAACUUUCCCUGAUCAGAUGUGAAGAUUUACCGUUUUUUCUUCUGAAUAUUUUGGGUUCAGGACCGUUGGUUGGUUCAAACAUGCAUUUUAAAAAGAUGGCAUCCUGGAUACUGGAAAAUUGUGGGCAAUUUGUUUUUGCAGUUUCUUUUACAUUUUAGAGCAAUUGAUCAUGAAAAAAAAUAAACUGGGGCUCUCAGACACAAUGCAACAACAGGACCGCUGAAUGAAUGUUAAUAUCCAGGUCAUAAUCAGCAGGUUAUUUUCUUAAGAAAAUGAUAAUACAGUAAAAAUAUAUAUAUAUAUAUAAUAUUGCAGAAAAGUCAGAAUGUCAUCUUCAAAGUGCAUGCUUUGACCGGCAACAGUUGCUAAAAUAUUCACAUCAUAAUCUUUAAAUGAGACACAGAAGAUCAACAAAUUCUGAUGAUUGAGUAGCUGGAAAUUGCAAAUUGUUCCUUGAAAAAUAUUAAAUUAUUAUUUGUUUAUCAAAAUUUUCAUUCAAUUAAAUAGUCAAUUAAUUGGCUAAACAUUGAAGCUCUAUUAGCAAAUAAAGACUGGCCUUUGAUGCCAGACAAAAUAAAUUAGAGAUAUCUUUAUUGUACAAUAUGUACAUUGUUCAUAUUAUACUUUAAAGAAAUGGUUUGGGAAAUAUUCACCUAUUCUCUUUCUUGUUGAGAGGUAUUUAGGCUUAGCUUAGCAUAAAGAAUGUAAACGAGGAAACUCCUUGCCUGCUGUUGUCCAAAUGUAAAGGCAUUACGACAAAGGGCCACUAAUGAACAUCUUGAACAAAAACUGAAUUAUCAAAAAACUAUAUCUUACGUGCUGGAUAAACUAAUCCAGCUGUUUUCCAGUUUCCAGUCUUCGCUAAGCUAACCAUCUCAUUUAAUAUACAGACAUAACAGUAGUUGUUACUUUUUUUAUAUAACUCUCGACAAGGAUGCAAACAAUUUUUUUUUCGUUUGUGAAAAUACAACAUGGAAAUCUGACGAAGUGUGCCCACUGAACAGAAAGACACUUGGUGCAUAUCAUUACACAAUGUUAGUUAUAAAAUGAGAUGUCAGCAGCAAGUUUAACCAAACAAUGGCAAUUUUUAAUCUAUUAAUGACAUUUUUAUCCAGACUGUCAGAUCUUCAGUGGUGGCAUUCAGGUCAUUUUUCAAAUCAGAGAGCAUCAGUAUCAAUAUCAUGGAUCGCAUUGAUGACAAAUACUCAUGUUUCUUUUAUCUUGUUAUCACAAGGGCUGCUGUGAGCCACUAUGAUUACAGGCAACUUUGAGAGAAGCGGGUGGUCGGUGUAAUCAGAGAAACAUUAAUCAGGGUUUAAUGUCAUGAUGAAAUAACUGUUCAAUGCAAUUUUGUUAAAUAGGAGAAAAUGUCUGUUUAUUUUCAUAUUUUGCCAGAAGAGUUUGGAGGAAUUGAAAUCCUGAGGAUGGUUUUCAUAGUUGGGGUCAAAUGAGGAUUUCUUUUUCUAAAACAUGUGUGUGUGUGUGUGUGUGUGUGUGUGUGUGUGUGUGUGUGUGUGUGUGUGUGUGUGUGUGUGUGUGUGUGUGUGUGUGUGUGUGUGUGUGUGUGUGUGUGUGUCUCUGUGGUCAUUGCAAGAAAGAGAAAGUUUGAUACUAACAUGUCAGUAGUGAUUAGCCAAAGAUAUCGUGUAACUUUGGUUUGUGGACAAUCUAUAGUAUAUUUUAUAAUCAUAGUAGUUUUGAUAUACUUUAUCCUUUAUUUUUUGCCUUGAGUAGAUUAUUUCUGCUUUUCACCAACAUCCUGCUAUGCCUGUGUGUGUGCAUAGAUGUUAUUGUACAAUCAACUGUUAGCAUACACUACUACUGCAGUCUAAACCUAGCAUGCUAACUCCUGAUUAGCACAGAACAAGCAUUUCCAGGAUUGCUUUAAGUGUCAUAAGUGCAAACGUUGCCGUCCUGUAUCUUUUCACAGUGCAAGCUUUUCUUUUUUACAAACACAUCUCAGAGGAAGAGAUGCCCUUCAGGUACAGUGUUAAACAGAAGUGAGUACAAUCGUGGGCAGAACCACUGAAAUGUCAAAUGAUUAAAAUUAUAUUACCUCCUAAUAACUGCAUUAUUUCUGCUGAACAGUGCGAUAUUUGCUCUGAUGUACAAAAAACUAACUGUAUUAAAAAUAAUGGCUACAAAGCUACAACUCAGUGCAACAAAAAUCAGUAUACCUUUCAAUACUGUGAUUAAUAUUUUUCAUGUAGAUGUCCACCUUUAUUUUAGAUGCAAACUCAUUCAUAUCACCCUCCCACCUCUGUGCUUCACUGUCAGGGCUAUGCAUUCACUGUGGUAGUCCCCACCAGGCUUGUGCCAAAAAUACUGGGUCCCGUCUGAGCCGAGCCAAUUUAUCAUGGUCACAUCAAAGUUAUACAGGAAUAUUGCAAGGAAUAUUCACCAGACUUGUCUUUAAACAAAUUUUAAUCUUGCAGUUUUGUGCCAAAGAGCAAGUAAGCUUUUUUUCCCCAAAAUCUUGGAUGCCAUCCAUAGAAGCUGACAUUAUGAAUUGUCCUUCACACAGUGUCUGCCUGAUUGCUGCUGCAAAUGAGUUUCCACAGAUUUUUAGUUUGUCAAUGAUCAUCCUACACCCUUUUCCAUUUGUGUUAAGUCUCACAAUCAGAUUAAUCAGUUACAUUGUAGUCUUUCUAAAGUAUUUAAUUUUGAUUUUUCAUUAACGUAAACACUCUACUGUUGUACUUAGAAAUAAUACAGUUAUUGAGUGGUGUCGCAGUUUGGAAAUAUUCAACAUUUAAGUGGUGUGCUCACUUCUGUUGUAUACUGUACAAAUAUCUGAUUUUGCCAAGCUAAACCAGAGUCAGAUAACUGGCCGUGUUUGUUCUGGUUACAGGUCAUAAUAAAUAAAUAAAAACAUAAAAAUAAUCUGUGAAGCAUGCAGCUAGCUAACAAUGCAUCUUAGCUAGUUUCAUCUGUCCAUGCUGGUUUGCCAGAACCUCUGAGGCCAGACCUUCCACACCAAAGAGAAUUCUGAAAAGGGAAAUAAGAUUAUUAACAUAUAAUCAAACUUUCUUGAGAUGUUGCCAACUUUUACUUUAUGUUAUUUUUUAUUAAUUUAUUUUCCCUUAACACUUGUUCAGCAUUGAGGGAAAUGCGCUCAUUCUCCUAUCUUAUAAGAUUCUUUAAAUGUAGAUAGUUUCGCUUAACAACAGCAGGUAGACUGUCUCUGUCCAAAAAUACAUCUUGUAACUCCUCCUACACUGCUGAUAUCCUAUGAACUAGGACGCUUCAUGGCUGUCUCUGUGUGCCCUGCAAUUUUUAGAGAAUAGCAUGUGCACAAGCUACCAAAUUAAUCCUACACAUCCACAAGUUGCCAUUCAGCAUACAACCAGAGCAGAAAGAAGCAGUUGUGGGUUGUCUGGCUCACAACCCAUUGACCUGUUGCUGCCAUGGACUGUACUUUAAAGAUGCACGUGGCCUUCAGGUCUGAAAGUGCCUUAAGACUGCAUUCUUAAUAACAGCCAAAAGGGGGCGACGCCUCUAAUCACAAAUAGAAUUAUAUAAAAGUCUAUGAGGAAAUGACCCUAAUUCUCAUUUGAUUUAUUACCUCAGUGAACAUUUUCCUAAUGAGUUUAUGGUCUUAGUUGCUAGUUUCAAGUCUCCUACUAUACAGCAUGGGGUUUAUUUUGCAGGGUAUGGUCCCAUUUAGUGUAAAGUAGAUGAAAAAGUAUAGAAUUCUUUAGUGUGUGGCUACCUUGUACAUACCAUACCACAUAGGUGUGUAUAGUACCACACCUUGCCCAUCUUGUCAAGUUGCAGAAACAGACAUGGUGAUGGGCAAAAUCCAAAAAGUGUCUACAAACUAAUGGGUGACAUCACUGGUAGCUACGACCAUCUUUUAUGUCCAGUCUAUCGUAGAUGGUACAGGUUUUACUGUAACUUCCUGGAGUGUUUACAUUGCACAAAAUCAAAAGUUUACAAGGAAGAUAUUUUGUUUCUGGUUAGAAAUGAUCAGGCCCUAAUCUGCCCCCUAGUGGUUUUACUUUUCAAUCGUCCAGAUGCGCAGUCACUAAACAAGAAAUAGUUUCAGCAACAAGCUAGUAUGAAUUAAAAGGACGGCAUACAAUGUGACAAUAAUAGAGAGUUUACAGGUGUGAUAAGUGGAGUGAAUGAGCACAUUUCCCAAAGUGUUCCAUAAUUCAUUUACAGAGUUGACCUUAGAAGCAGUAACUAACUUUACUUUUAUUAAGAUUACUGUUAGAAAGUAACAGAAACUUCAUGAUCUUCAGGUUGUGUGAAUCUGGUCCUGGAUUUUCAUUUGUGACUGUUUUGAUUUCCUGUCAGGGCUGUGUGCAAUAAUCAGAGGUUUAUGUGCCAAACUGCUGGCCGACUCUGAACCGCUUCGUGCUCAGGUCGAGUCCGUGUGACGUCAGCAGGGGAGUUUAUGAGUGUGAUGAGACGGGACUGGUCUGACCUUACAGUAUGGGUUUUUCUAUUCCAGUUUGUGUUUCCAUGAACCCUGUGACCUCACAAAUGUAACUGAAAAUCUGAAUUAUGAUGUCUGUGAAACUGUCGGCCCUGAGCGGCUGUGGGAGAGAUUUUUGAUGGAUCUCAUCACCCAGAACUUGUGUAAAGCAAUGUCAGUAAACUGUGCAGAUUUAAAUAUA